AUGUCCUCCAAAAAGGAUGGCGCUGGCGACUCCAAGCUGUUUGCUCGAACCAUGGCCUUAUUCCUGUACUACAAUCCGCCGGUGACCCUCGAGAAGCUAAGAAGUCGACAGGGCAAAGUUGCGGAGCUCCGCCUCGAGCUCAACGGUGGAGGAAAGAAGGACAAGAAUUUCUCCAUGAAGAAGAUUGCCCUGAAGCGAAUAGUUGCCAACAUGACCAUGAGUAACAAUGACAUGGUUGCGCUGUUUCCCGAUGUUAUUGCGUGCAUGAAUCUCCCGAGCCUGGAGAUCAAAAAGAUGUGCUUCCUUUAUCUGGUCAACUAUGCUCGUGUACGGCCCGAAAUUGCUGUCAAAGCAAUCCCGGUAUUGGAGCUUGAUAUGGAAGAUAGUAAUCCGUUGGUGCGCGCUCUCGCCCUGCGAACCAUGUCUUACAUACACGUGCGAGAUUUCGUCGAAGCCGCUGUCCCGAUUGUAAAGAACAUGCUGCGAGACGCGGACCCCUAUGUGCGCAAGACUGCCGCCUUUUCCGUGGCCAAAUUAUACGACCACGACCAAAGUGUGGUUGAAGGAUCUGACCUCAUUGAGCGACUCAACUCUCUUCUGCGAGACGAUAAUCCGACAGUGGUGGCAAGCGCACUGGCUGCACUCAUGGAUAUCUGGGAAAGGAGUGAUGCUAUCAAACUCACAAUCGACUACAGCAACGCUUCUAAAAUGGUUGCAAUCCUGCCUGAUUGCUCCGAAUGGGGUCAAACCUAUAUUCUAGAAGCACUCAUGUCGUAUGUGCCACAAGAUUGCGGUGAGGCGUCGCUUCUAGCUGAGCGUAUCGCUCCACGCCUAUCACAUUCAAACUCGUCGGUUGUCUUGACCUGCAUUCGAGUUAUUCUCUACCUCUUGAACUACAUUGCCGACGAAAAGCAGAUUUCCGCACUUUGCCGCAAAUUGUCACCACCGCUGGUGACAUUACUUGCAAAAGGACCCGAGGUGCAAUAUCUUGCGCUGCGUAAUGCGCUCCUUAUCCUGCAGAGACGACCUGAAGUCCUCAAGAACGAUAUUCGAGUUUUUUUCUGCAAAUACAACGACCCAAUUUACGUCAAAGUUACGAAGUUGGAACUUAUCUUUAUGCUUGCCAACGAGCACAAUAUUGACGAAGUCUUGACGGAGCUUCGAGAAUAUGCCACGGAAAUUGAUGUACACUUUGUGCGAAAAGCUGUCCGAGCGAUCGGAAAGCUGGCCAUCAAGAUUGAGCCUGCUGCUCCCAGGUGCAUCAAUUUGCUUCUGGAGCUCGUGGCUACCAAGGUCACGUAUAUUGUCCAAGAAGCGACAGUCGUCAUUCGAAACAUUUUCCGCCGAUACCCCAAUCAGUAUGAAUCGAUUAUUAGCACACUGUGCGAGCAUCUGGAUUCUCUCGACGAGCCGGAAGCAAAGGCAGCCAUGGUAUGGGUCAUUGGAGAAUAUGCCGAUCGCAUUGAGAACAGUGACGCUCUACUAGACGACUUUUUAUACGCAUUCAAAGAGGAGCCCGUCGAGGUGCAGUUGGCGCUACUGACGGCCACUGUGAAACUGUUUAUUCAGAGACCUACGCGAGGACAAGAGCUUGUUCCCAAAGUACUGAAAUGGGCGACCGAGGAAACAGACAAUCCUGAUCUACGAGACCGGGCAUACAUGUACUGGCGCCUGUUGUCGACCGAUGUCGGCCUGGCUAAACAAAUUGUAAUGGGCGAGAAACCUCCCAUUACAGCUGAGUCGGAGCAACUGGAGGCGGCGAUACUCGAGGAAAUGUGUCUCAACGUGGGUACGCUGGCAACGGUCUACCUGAAGCCUGUGCAAACAGUGUUCCGAUCAGCGCGAGUGCGAAAGCUGCCAGACUCGCCAGCCCUACAAAAGCAGAAUCUGCCGACGGACAUUGAUACCAACAAGACGAUUAGUAUGUUUGGCCGUGGUGGGCAGCCCACGGAUAUCGACCUGAGAAGUCGCGCCGCUGCUGGCGCCAACGGUAACCAGCAGGUCAUCAACGACGCGGAUGCAUACUUUAACAGCGUCGCGCCGCAGCAAAUGGCAGCGCUGCGAAUGGAUGGAGGCGACGAUUUGUUUGAUGGUGGCAAUGUGACGGGCUACGUGGUAAAUGCGCAUGCACCACAGGCUGUCAUGCAGCCGACGCAGGGAGGCGGGAGUAACGGUGACUUGCUGAUGCUUUAA